AUGGAGGGUCAAAAUGAAGAGGCGGAAGGCCUGUUGAGUGAAAAACCAACGCCCUCGAAGGGCUCUAGCCGACAACGCCUGUACACAAGCGCUGCUAUACUUAUAACCAUUUUCAAUGUUAUUUUGUUCGCAAUUUCGAUCGCGCUUUUCUCUGCGUCGGGGAGCAAAAAGGCCCUGCUCAAUCAUGAGUUGCGACAAGCAUCUACCUACAGUCCCGUGUUCGAUGGGAUAGACUUGGAGAUGAAGCCGCGAGUGGUUCAGGGAACGCUAUUUCCAGCAAAGGAGGGCGCUUCUAUAGCGCGGGAGCUACCGAAUAAGGAGGCCGACGAGUUAUGGCACGAAUGGGAGCUAAGUCGCUUUUACCCUCUGACACGAGAUGAUAUCUUGCGGAUGGGGAAAGACCCGUCCACGGUAACGAAACUCGAGGAUCCGGAGUGGGGACUGGGCGACGAUGCCUACGUUGGGGCCUUCGAUGUAUACCACCAAAUCCAUUGCCUUAACACGCUUCGACAGAACGCUUAUCGCGGUUAUUACCACAUCACCACCCGAAACCAUUCAGUCAUGGGCUUGCCUGAGAUCCACGUCAAUCACUGUGUCGAUAUCCUCCUACAGGCGCUGCAGUGCAGCGGCAACGUGAAUUUUAUGACGUACCACUGGGUUGCGGGACAGGAAUAUCCACAACCCGACAUGUCGAUAAAUCGGCAAUGCAUGAACUUCGAGAAGCUCACCAGGUUCCGGAAAGAGAACGGUCUUGACCUAGACAAAUACGUCCAGAUCAUGAAGAAGUCGCGACAUCCUGGCGUCAAGGAACGACAUCAAAGUGACUCAUAUUAUUUUUGGUAUAACGAGACAAAUCCCAAUCAUAUUGGCGGGGCAAACCCGGGCGAGGACUUUAACAUGUAGAGGAGCUAAUUUUGACAGCAUAAAAGAGUGCUCAGCAUGUACAAUGAGCACAAGCCAUGAACGAAGCUCGAUCUUAAAAGCCAGAACAAUGCGAAAUAACCCUCGUAGGGUGGUAACUCUUAAAUAUCGUCAUUUAAUCGAUUUCCUCAAUUGUUCGGGCGUUUUCUUCAAUUCGUGUGUCGUUUUCAAUCUCGUCCAUCCUCGAAACAAAUUCAUCUUGGAGCCUCUUAAGAUAACUGCCCAAUGCAGCGUCAUCCAUCUCCGAUUCUCGCAAUUGAAGAAGAGUAUCGUGCAGGUUCAAGAUUAGUUUUCGACGUCGAAGCAGUUUCCUGGAUUGCGAAGUUUGCUUUUUCCUCUCGAUUUCUUCUGCGAGCGUCUUCGAAACGUCUUCUGCAACUUCAAUGAAUCGUUCUGGAAAUCCAAUAGCACGCGCGAGGUUCAGCCCGUAAUGUUCCUCUUGAACUGGCCCGGAGGUGAUCUUGUACAACAUUGUCAUCUUUGGGCUCUCGCCUUCCAUG